UACACACUGUGUGUGUAGGUGUAAGAGAGAUGAAAGGCGUCUAGUAAAAUGGCGGUUAAACAUUUUAAAAAGGUUUAAAGUUAUUGUGCUUACCGCGUUUGUCUGCCAGAAUCACUGCUCCUGAACGUGGAUGCUGUUGUGCCAAGCAUCAAACCUGCGUGUCAACUUGCAUGUCAACUUGCAUUGCUCACUUUUUGUGUCAAAUCCUGCUGCAGAGCUCAUUUCUGGUUGAUGGAUGUCCGACGGGUCUAAGGAGCGACAGAUCUCCGGAGCCCAGCUCGAGUUGGACCGUAAUCACUGCAAUGACCGAGUCCUCGAAACCGCCUUCAGGGAAGAGAAUGAAGCCACGUGCCCCACCUCCGCCUCAGGCCCCUCUACCCGCCCCACGCAACAUCUUUAGAAACGCUGUACCUGAUGGGGGAAGGACUUCAGGCAUGGACGCCAAGGAGAACAUGCAGAGGCCCACUGUGGAUUUACAGCUAACACUACCACAGGGAAACCGGACUUCGGUCACCGAGGACGGCAGUAAGGCGCUGAUGGACCUGCUGGUCGAGUUGUGUAGCCGCCACCAUCUGAAUCCAGCACUGCACACCCUGGAGCUGCUGUCGCCCGAGGGCCACUCUUUGGGGUUCAAGCCCAACGCUCUGCUGGGCUCCCUCGACGUGGCCUGUGUCCUCAUCAAGGAGAAAGUCUGGGAGGAGAGAGUGGUGCGCAGACCGGCGCCCAAAGUGCCAGAGAAGACAGUGCGUUUGAUGGUGAACUACCACGGCAGCCAGAAGGCAGUGGUACGGGUCAACCCGUUUGUGCCACUACAGGCUCUGGUGCCAGUCGUGUGUGACAAGUGCGAGUUUGAGCCUGCGCAUGUGCUGCUCCUGAAGGACAGCAUCAGUCGCCACGAGUUGCCGCUGGACAAAUCUUUAACGGAGCUGGGGAUCAAGGAGCUCUACGUGCACAAUCAGAGUCUAGUUCUCCGGCCUCAAAGGGCUUCUGCUCCAGCUCUUAACUACUCAGACUCCAUCCGCUCCAGUACUACCAGUUUGGACAGAGUAGAGAAGAAAGGCCUCUUGGGAAUCUUCCAAUUCAGCAGGAGGAAAACCAAGACAGACACAACAUCCGUGGACAUGGAUGACUGUGAUGACAAAGUUAUCCAAAUCACAGACACUCCAUCCAAUGGCCUGUCCACUGCGUCAGGGAUCCCCGGCGUAGAAGAUCGGCCCAGCACCUUAGGCCAGUCUCAGUCUGUCAUGAACUUCCCCAGGAUGUCUCCCAAGGCUGAGACCAAGAAGAGGAGGGCCCCAGAACUACCCGGAGCCCCGACGCCCACCAUGGGACACGCUAGCUUUGAGGGCUAUGAGACGGGCCUCGCCUCAGAAAGCCAGCAGAGGAAAAGAAAGGCCCCGGCCCCUCCUCCCACCCCAGGCCCCGACGACACUUCAACCUCUGCCUCUUCCACCCCUGAUUACCCCGCUACUGAAACACCUACCCCGGGCUUCCGUAACAGGGCCGUUCAGUCAAACACUGUCUCUGCUGCCACUGUUGUAACGCGAGCAGUACAACCAGUCCCCUUGACAACAACGGUAAACCCUUCACCUGAGUGCGCCGCCAGCCCGACCCCCAGUUCCCCGACACCCAGUUCCCUGACCUCCAGUUCCCCGACACCAAGCAGCAGCACCACUGAGAGCCUGGCUGUCCAGGAUUCCAGCUCCGAACUCAGCCACAGCCUCGACGACUCCGACGCUGACCUCGACCAGGCUGCUUCUUACUGCAGCAGCCUCAGCAGCAGCACAGCGAGCGGGUCCGUGCGGGUCCAGUCCGCUAUGAAAAGGUCCAGCCGCGGGGUGGACAAGUCGGAAACGGCCAGCAGCACCACGGCUGCCAAAUUAAAUCAAGAGGCGACCUCAGCCAGCAGCUCCAGGUCCGAGACCGAGUUGGCCCUAAACCUAAAACUGGAUGACGUUGAGAACAACAGGCACAGCGCAAUGGGAGCCGCUGAUCCACCAGCGCCACCCAAACCUCGUCGCUCCGCGGCGCAGAAACCGCCGCAGCUUGUCCCACCCCCUACUCUGUCCUCCCCUCCCAUUGAGCCCGCAGAAAGCAACACCACGGAGGCAGAGGAAGCAGCUCCCCAGUCUUGGCUCCACUCGAUGCAAAGCUCCACAGCCGGUUGCCGGAAACCAGAAAUCGAAACACCCGAGGAGGAGACCGUGUCUCUGGGCAGCAGCAGCGGUGGCAGCAGCCUGCCCGACCAGGGUUACGCUGCCUCCGAGGGCAUGGUAGAGGCCGAGGAUUCGGGCAUGGUCAGCUCUCCAUCCAACACCCAACCCACAUCCCCGGAUGGGAAUUUGUCUCUGGAUGGAAGAAGCGGAGGGGAGAGACUGUUGGGACCAGAGCGGGACAAUUCCAGUGACAGCGACGAGGGAUGUGCCACCUGGGGAUCGAGACACAGACACAAUGACAUCGGCCCACAGGCAAAGUCAGGCAAGUUAAAAGACGGCUAUGAAGAUGACCCAGAGCUCACAGCCCAGCUCCAUCAGACUUUAGCUGAUUUUGAAGCGGACCUUGCAGAUCACGUAGAUAUCGUGUCAUCGAAGGGUACCCCCUAUACCACGUCAACAGAUAGUAAUGAGGUGCCCGUGUCUGUCGUGGACAUGGAUGUGCCAGUCACAGCCAUAGAUGAAGUACUGGAGGACUAUGAACGUCACAUUGUGCCACUCACCAGGAUGGAGCCAGCUGGCAGAAAGGGUCCAGGCUUUCGUCACCAGUCCAGAGUGGAGCCUCAGAACCAAAACAACAAUGCGUGCACAGCUGCUGACAGUAAUAAAAGCGGCGGUGCAAAUACUAAGCAGCCGUCUCAACCCGAUCAGCAUAGGAAGUCACUGGAGAAUAAAUCUAUAGCUGACAAAAAAGAAAAAAAGAUGCCGGGAACAAAGAUUCAAGAGACGAGCGCCACUGAGACCAACAGCGUGAAAGAGCAUGGAACAACAUCGGCGGCGAAACCCAAUGUUGACCUUCGGAAACACGGCAAGGGCGCUGAGAUAAAACCCGAUCCUGUGAAAAGCAACGCUCAGUCUUUUCAAGAGAGGAAACCCGUUCUUCCACCAACCCGUCAGAGAUCAGUGUCUGCGGAGAGAGAUGAAGAGAUGCACCGAGUUUACCAAAACAACUCCAGCCCAAAUGCUGCCGCUCAUGGGAAAAUCACUCGUAACAUCACGUCACGCUUCGGUAUGAAAACUUUCACUGUGGUCCCUCCCAAACCUGCUGUCAUGCAUGCUGCUACGGGGGAGCCAGCUGUCAAAUUAACUGUCGGUGCCAUUAAGAUUGACGAUCAAGGAAACCUGGUGAAAGGGGGUAUCUCACGUAACAAAGUUGGCGGUUCAUUAGACUCUGGGAUCAAUUCCAGUGAGGGCAUUCCUCUUCUGGGAAAAGCCAAAGCUUUCUGGAGCUCAAAUGAGAGACAAGAAAGUGCUGUGCCCCACAGCAAAGAUCUCAUUGACAAGGCUAAAGAGAGCACAGGUGGCCUGAAAAGUACUCCCGCUGCAAUCUCGCUGACAACUUUGAAAAGCAGUAACACCGAGGAGCUAAAAACGACGCACAAUUCCUUCUAUAAACAUGCAGAGAGAGCCCAGCCUAAACAGACGGUCAGAGAAGGAGCUACAGAGCCAGUGAGAGCCGCCAACGUUGCAAAAGAAGAGUGGGAAGAGAUGGAGAGCAAGAUCUCAGUGUCCAAAAGCGUUCAACAGCCAAGUAAUAUGCCCGCCCUUCCCCCUCCGUUACUUCCAGACCUGAACAGAGACCUGUCCUUUCUCAAACCCUCCAGACGUACCUCAAGCCAAUACGUGGCGUCGGCCAUCACUAAAUACACCCCAAAGCACCAAAUACACCCCUCAGCUAAACCCAACUCUCUCCCUAACGUACUCGACUGCUCUGCUUCUUUGACAUCCCAGACCGUCGGUUUCCAGAGAUCGGGUCGCUACAUGAAAGUGAAUCCACACCACUCUUCCCAGUCGUCUUUGUCAGACAAUAAGGAGAAUGACUCGGCUUCUAAAUCCAACCCGCCUGAUCCUAAGUGGUCUAUGAGCUACCCACAGCAUGUUUCGGAUAGCCAGAGCAAUUUUGGAGGAGCGAGACCGGACAGGGGAGGGUUCGGAAGUCGUAUUGGAUCCACCAGAGGAAGCUCUAAUACGCUGGAAAUAGAAACAGACGUGACUAAGCACCUUCAGUCUGGUGGGCCCACACAAAAAGACACGAUCGCCAGUAAUGACAGCAAUGUUGUUAAACAAUUUCGGCUCAGAAGCCCCAGCCCUGCACAAAGGAGUCCUGCACACUCAUCUGCCAAACCACCCACAGUUCCAGAGACCGUAUCCCAAAGCCUGAAAAGUACCACGACCAAGGCAGUCACCACGACACAACCACAACCUUCUGUCACAGUGUCAGCCAAAGGUGUGACCCCUGAGCCAGUAACGUUGUUUGGGCCGGUUCAAAAGUUCAGACCAGUGAUCUCCAGAUCUGUUGAGAAAGACACGUCUCUCCACAGCAGCCUGAUGGACGCAAUCCAGACCGGCGGAGGCAGAGACAGGCUCAAGAGGAUAACCACUUCUGGUCUCAGCAGCAUGAAGAAAGCCUCUCAUGGUGAGGAGGAGAAUGAGAGGUCUGCUCUCCUGGCUGCCAUCAGAGCCCAGAGCAGCUCCGGAAGGCUGAAGAAGACCAAAUCUGAGGCGGCCGAUGAGCUUGUGAAGUCCAGGAACGUGACCUCUGAGAUGGAGGGAGGUGCAGGCCCUUUCACUGGAACCUCUCCUCCUGUCUUUACCCCACCACCACCACCUCCCCCCCCUGUCUUGCCCAAGGGUAAGCCUAGCACUGUGGGGGUACAUCCAGGUGCAAACACCCCCACGAACCCUGCCUUGGCCAGGGAUGCUAUGCUGGAGGCUAUUCGAUCCGGAUCUGCUGCGGAGAGGCUCAAAAAGGUGGCUGCGCCCACAAAUACGGUCCAAGUGAACGGCCGACUGGGAACAAUCCAAGCAACGUCCUCCACGCUCCCUCAGCCGUAGCAGGGGAAGCCGACGUGACCGCAACAAGGAGCACAUUUAUGAUCAUCGUCAAUUCAUUUCACUUUCUUUUUCUUUCUUUUUUUUUGUCAUUGUGCUACAUUUGGCAAACUAGAUUGAGCCCCCAUUUUUUUUUUUUCUUUCUUUCUUUUUUUUUGUGAAUGCUAUUUGAACAUUUUGGGAUACUUUACAUUAUAUGAUGCGUGACACAAAUUAUGAUAAAUAAUAUAAGAAUAACGAAUAAUUUUGCACAUGUCGUCUAGGUAAAAUAGAUUAUUCAAAAAGGGGCGUGGCCGCUCUUACUACUACUAUGUUUAAAUUAAUGCUGAAUUUAGCAUAAAAGUGUUUAAAUUAUUGAUUUAAACACUCCUACCUGCAUGUUGCUCUCCAAACACCACAAACAUCUGUCUGAUAAAGAUGCUGCAGGUGAGAGGUUUGCAGGUAAUUCCACUCAUAUUAUCAGAUCUCUCAGUUUGCUUCUAACAAUAGCUUUGGAAAAAGUUGAUUUCCAUCUUUAUAACAUAAUCGCUGUUCCUAAAUCUUGCCAUCUGUACUUGAAUUCAGUAGUUUUAACUGGAACAUUGUACAAACUGUGUGCCAAUGGUUUAUGCUACUAUUAGAUCAAUUUUUUAAAAAUGUUUGUUGCUUUUUUAGUUCUGAUCUGUUUUAUUGUAAGUUAUGGAUGCCUAAUAUUGUUGCUCAGCCAGUGUUAUGUAUAUUAUGUUUGCUGUAAAAAGUUCUAUAGGGGGUGCAAUAAUUUGGAUCUGAAGAUUUUUCCAGAUUUCCAGAACUACUUAAUAUUUGUUGAAGAAAUUAAAGUAACUGAAAACGUAAGUACACUUAGAUAUAUUUACAAUGUUUGAUUUAAUUGUAUAAAAGUGUAUUUAAUCCAGAUCUGGUCCACAAUGCCAACUUCUACAGUUCUUGGCUCCGAGGAGGAGUGAGAUGGUGGUGCCUGACGAGUGCCUUUGAGCUCCAUAUACUCCUGUUCUACUUUCUAACCUCUGUGCUGCUGUUUAACAUCUAAAGUUAUAGUUAUACUUGGCAGAAACGUAUACUUAGCGAUAUGACUGGCGUGCCUUUGAUGUAACUCGAUGCGCUCGAGAUAUGAAGAUGAACCUUGCCUUUCCUCGACAUUUCUACAUUAUUGAAGCACUGUUUAUGGACGUUUAUCAAUUGUGGAUGUCACCAUGAGCAAAACCAUCAGUUAACUAAUCAACAAGUCACUAAUAAUAAUAUAUAACCAGUCUAAAGGAAAGCAGUAGUUUAGGUUUUCUAAGGCUUUGAUUCAGGCACGUGUUUUUGUAUUCCACUGUGCUCCUCUGUAGGGGAGGUAGUAGCUACAGGGAGAGUGGACCACAGCCAUUAAAUGGUAUCACUGUGGAUGAAGGAUAUCCAUGCUGAAUCAGAGCAUCCAUAUUCAGGGUUGAAAUCUUAGUUUUAAAGAGAUUGAUGUUAAUUCAUGCUGCAGUUUUAAAGCUCAAAAAUACUUCUACUAUUUUAUUUUACUACUACAAGAGCGUUUCUGUCCUUUCUUCCUCUAACUAGAAGGGACUAUUUAAUUUCUGCUUCUGGUUCCAUCGACACUCAAUAGCCUUCAGCACGUCGUAGCAUUGUAUAUUUUGUACACUAAAGACAGAUCGUCGCCGUGGAAGAUUACAUAUUUUGAUAGAGAGUCAUUUCACUGGUAGUGUGAACCUUUUAUAAGCUAUUGCUUUUUAAGUUUUAAGUGCACAUUGUUUUUCGGGAAAGGUUUGCACAUUUUUGUCUACCUUCAUUUUUUUUUUGGGAUUCAAUAAACAAUUUUGCAAUCAAG